AUGAAAUCCAUCAACAGGUGGAUAUACGGUCCAACGCCAGAAGAGAAAGUAAGGGGAUGGCAAGCCAAGCUGAGACAGCAGGAGAGACAGCUAGACAGGGAGAUACGUAAUCUCGAAGUGGCAACAUCGAAAUCCCGAAUAGAGCUCAAACAACUAGCUAAGAAGAAUGACGUCAAAUCCGCUAAAUUGCUGGCAAAGGAGAUAGUCAGAGCGAAUAAACAGAGAGAUAGGUUGGAAAGUAGUAAAGCGAGAGUAAGAUCGGUUGGAAUGCAACUACAACAUCAGUUGUCAAUGGUAAAAGUGACAGGGGCGUUCCAGAAAUCAACAGAAAUUAUGAAAACUACCAACGCUCUGGUCAAAUUACCUCAGUUGAGCGCUACGAUGAGAGAGAUGAGUAUGGAGAUGAUGAAGAGCGGUAUAAUGGAAGAAAUGAUGGAAGAAACUCUCGACUCAGUUAACGACGACGAAGAGCUAGAGGAAGAAGCAGAUGCAGAAGUGGACAAGGUCUUAUUCGAGUUGACAGAUGGUAAAUUGGGUCAAGCUGGUAAAGUUGGAGAUGCCUUGCCUGAAAACAAAGAAGACGAGGAAGAGUCGGAAGAAGAGAUUCAACGCAUGCGUCGCGAGAUGCAAGAGCUUCUUGGUUAG